AUGUCUCACUGGUUAAUAGCGUUGCUCUUAGUGAGUGGAAGUUUCAACUCUAUCUUUUGUGUCACUCGACAACAACUGAAAAACACUGGAAAACUGAUGAAGAAAAAUUGCAUGCCGAAAAAUGAUGUUACUGAAGAGCAAGUCGGUGACAUAGAGAAAGGAAAAUUCAUCGAAGAACGAAAUGUAAUGUGCUAUGUAGCCUGCGUCUACACUAUGACGGGAGUUGUGAAGAAUAACAGGUUAAAUAACGAAGCAGUGACGAAACAAGUGGACAUAUUGUUUCCUCCCGAAAUGAGGGACGCGGUAAAGGCCGCAGCGGAUCACUGUAAAGAUAUCGGGAAAAAGAAUAAAGAUCUCUGUGAAGCUUCUUACUACACCGCCAAAUGUAUGUACGAGUAUGACGCUGAAAAUUUCACAAUGUCACGGAUUGUCUUUUUGUUGAUUUUCGCUGCCAUUCUUUACGGGAGUAAUGCGCUUACCAAACAGCAGCUGAAAAAUUCCCUGAAGAUGAUCAAAAAACAAUGUAUGAGUAAGAACGACGUAACAGAUGAUUUAGUUGGAGACAUUGAUAAGGGCAAGUUUAUAGAGCAGAAACCCGUCAUGUGCUACAUAGCCUGUAUAUACCAGAUGACACAAGUAAUCAAAAACAACAAGCUGAACUAUGAGUCAACACUGAAGCAGAUUGAUCUGAUGUAUCCGCCUGAGCUGAGGGGACCUGUGAAAGAAGCCUUAGAAAAAUGCAAAGAUGUUGCUACAAAAUACAAGGAUGUCUGCGAGGCAUCUUUCUGGACAGCCAAAUGUGUGUACGACACCGACCCCAAGAAUUUCAUCUUUGCUUAAAUAAAUUGUAACCAUUA